AUGCUGCGCAAGCUCACCGUCGACCAGAUCAAUGACUGGUUCACCAUCGGCAAGACCGUGGCCAACGUGGAACUCCUGGGCGCGCCGCCUGCCUUCCCGGCCGAGGCGGCGCGGGAUGAGGGGCCCCAGCUGGACGAGGCUUCGAGCGAGGCCACCCAGGUCCCCGUCCCGGCCGGGCCCGACGCGGCCAUCAGGAGGCCCCACAGCAAGAAGAACUCAGAAGUGGAGUACAUUAACCAGUACAGAGAGCUGGAGGCGCAGGAAUUGGACCUGUGUGGCAGUGCCCCUGCCAGCAGUGGGCCAGGUCCCAGGCCUCCACUGACUAAAUCAAGCAUUGUCACCUGCCUGCCAGAGACAACUUAUAUAUAUCCUGAUUUGCCUAUCAAUCGGUAUAAGGACGAGGUUCUUUCUCUGAUAGAAAGUAAUUCUGUGGUGAUCGUCCACGGUGCCACAGGCAGUGGUAAAAGCACGCAGCUCCCGCAGUACCUCCUGGACCACUGUGUCCAGCACUCCACUUACUGCAACAUUGUGGUGACGCAGCCCCGGAAAAUCGGGGCCAGCAGCAUCGCCAGGUGGCUCAGCAGGGAGCGCUCCUGGACACUGGGUGGCGUGGUGGGCUACCAGGUCAGCUUAGAAAAGGUAGCCACGGAAGACACCAGGUUGCUUUACGUGACCACUGGCGUGCUGCUUCAGAAGGUCGUCAGUGCCAGGAGUUUGGUGGAAUUCACGCACAUAUUCAUCGAUGAGGUGCAUGAGCGAACUGAAGAAAUGGACUUCUUGCUGUUGGUAGUUCGUAAACUUUUAAGGACAAAUUCCCGUUUUGUGAAGGUCAUCCUGAUGUCUGCCACCAUUAACUGUAAGGAGUUUGCAGACUACUUUGCUGUUCCUGUUCAAAACAGAAUGAAGCCAGCCUACAUUUUUGAAGUGGAAGGCAAGCCCCAUGCAAUUGAAGAGUAUUACCUGAAUGACCUGGAGCACAUCCAUCAUGGCAGGCUUUCUCCUCAUCUCCUGGAGGAACCUGUGAUAACCAAGGACAUGUACAAACUGGCCAUCACUCUGAUUCAGAUGUUUGAUGACUUAGACAUCAAAGAGAGCGGGAACAUGGCUUCGUCCGGGUCGCCUCACAUGUCAGAGCGAAGCAGUGUGCUGGUGUUCUUACCCGGUCUGGGUGAAAUAAACUACAUGCAUGAGCUUCUCACGAACAUGAUUCACAGAAGAUUGCAGGUUUAUCCACUCCAUUCAAGUGUGACUUUGGAAGAACAGAAUAAUGUCUUUCUCAGCCCAGUCCCUGGGUACAGAAAGAUUAUUCUGUCCACCAACAUUGCGGAGAGUUCUCUGACGGUCCCAGAUGUCAAAUAUGUUAUCGAUUUCUGUUUGACUCGCACUUUGGUGUGUGAUGAAGAUACAAAUUACCAGAGUCUGCGUCUGACCUGGGCCUCAAAGAUGAGCUGUGAACAGCGGAAAGGCCGUGCAGGUCGUGUGUCCAGGGGCCACUGCUACAGGCUGGUGCACAAGGACUUCUGGGACAGCUCCAUUCCGGACCACGUUGUCCCCGAGAUGCUGCGCUGUCCCUUAGGAAGCACAGUAUUGAAAGUGAAGUUGCUGGAUAUGGGUGAGCCUCGGGCCCUGCUGGCGACUGCGCUUUCCCCGCCGAGUCUGAGUGACAUUGAGCGCACCAUCCUUCUGCUAAAGGAGGUUGGAGCUCUUGCGGUCAGUGGCCAGCGGGAGGACGAGAACCCACAUGACGGUGAGCUGACCUUCCUGGGCAGGGUCUUAGCCCAGCUCCCCGUGUGCCAGCAGCUGGGGAAACUCAUCGUCCUGGGACACGUGUUUGGCUGCCUGGAAGAAUGCCUCAUCAUAGCUGCUGCCCUUUCUCUCAAGAAUUUUUUCACCAUGCCUUAUCGACAGCAUCUUGAUGGAUACAGGAAUAAAGUGCUCUUCUCUGGUGACAGUAAGAGUGACUGCAUUGCCCUUGUUGAGGCAUUCCGGACUUGGCAGGCUUGCAGGCAGAGUGGAGAGCUCCGACACCCCAAGGAUGAACUUGACUGGGGACGGUUAAAUCACAUUCAAAUCAAAAGAAUCAGAGAGGUAGCAGAGUUAUAUGAGGACCUGAAGAUGCGGAUCGCCCAGUUCAACAUGCACGUGAGCUCCCAGCGGCCCGCCGUGGACCACGAGUACAAGUACAAACAGCGCUUUGUGCUGCAGGUUGUACUGGCCGGUGCUUUUUAUCCAAAUUACUUCACUUUUGGGCAGCCGGAUGAAGAAAUGGCUGUGAGGGAGCUGGCUGGCAAUGACCCGAAGACGACAGUUGUGUUGAAGCACAUCCCUCCAUAUGGAUUCCUCUACUACAAACAGCUGCAGUCUCUCUUCCGACAGUGUGGUCAAGUAAAGUCCAUUGUGUUUGACGGUGCAAAAGCCUUUGUGGAGUUCUCUCGUAACCCGACAGAGAGAUUUACAACUCUUCCUGCAGUAUACAUGGCAAUUAAGAUGUCUCAGCUGAAGGUCUCGCUGGAGCUCAGCGUCCACUCUGCAGAAGAGAUUGAGGGGAAGGUGCGAGGAGGGGCCGUGUCCAGGCUCAGGAGCACCAGGGUGAAUGUGGACUUCCAGAAGCAGACCCUGGACCCCAUGCAGGUGUCGUUCAGUACACUGGACAGGGCGAGGUCGGUCACAGAUCUCCUCCUGACUGUCGACGUCACAGAGGUGGUUGAAGUGGGGCACUUCUGGGGGUACAGGGUUGAUGACAAGCAUUCAGAGGUUCUGAGAAGGCUGACUGCCGAGAUCAACCAGCUCAAGUUGGUGCCCUUGGCCGUUCACCCCCAUCCAGAUUUGAUCUGUCUGGCGCCUUUCAACGACCUGGAGAAACAAAACUACUAUAGAGCGCAGAUCCUAUAUGUGUCUGGAGAUUCUGCUGAGGUGUUCUUUGUAGAUUAUGGCAACCGGGCUCAUGUGGACCUGGACCGUUUAAUGGAGAUCCCGUGUCAGUUUCUGGAACUGCCGUUUCAGGCCUUAGAGUUUAAGAUCUGCCAGAUGCGGCCCUCUGCCCAGUGCCUGGUGUGCGGUGAGCACUGGAGCUGCGGGGCCAGCAGGCGGUUCAUCUCCCUGGUGCGUGGCUGCACACUCCUGGUCAAGGUCUUCUCUGUGGUGCACUCCAUCCUGCAUGUUGAUGUGUACCGCUGCACAGGGGCCCAGGACGCCAUCAACGUGCGGGACGUGCUCAUCCAGGAGGGCUUCGCGGAGCUCACUGAGGAGUCCUAUGAGUCCAAGCAAAGCCAUGAAGUUCUGAAAGGUCUGUUUUCCCAGUCAGUAGAGAAUAGUUCUGUGACAGACGUGUCUGUGCCAUCCCCUGUGAAAGAUGAUGAGAAAUACCUGAUCCGGAUUCUGUUAGAGAGCUUCGCGUCUAACAGACUCGGUGCCCCGAACUGCAGGGCAGUACUUCAUGGGCCUUUUAACCCUUAUGAACUGAAGUGUCACAGUUUGACCAGAAUAUCCAAGUUCAGACGCGUGUGGAUUGAGAAGGAGAGCAUCAACUCUGUCAUCAUCAGCGAUGCUCCUGAAGACGUCCACCAGAGGAUGCUGGUCGCAGCUUCUCUCUCAGUCAAUGCAACUGGGUCCACCAUGCUGCUGCGGGAGACCUCUCUGAUGCCCCACAUCCCAGGCCUGCCAGCACUCCUCAGCAUGCUGUUUGCACCAGGGAUGGAGCUGAGGAUCGAUCGGCAUGGAAGAUGUUAUACCGGAGUCCUCUGUGGUUUGGGGUGGAACCCCACCACCGGAACCUCCAUCUUUCCAGAGCACGACAUUGAGCUUGCGUUUGACGUUCAGUUCAAAGUGGAGGAUGUUGUGGAGAUUAAUAUUCUCAGAGCGGCUAUUAACAAGCUAAUAUGUGAUGGACCUAAUGGAUCCAAGUAUCUCGGGCCAGAGAGAACUGCCCAGUUACAAGGCAGCGCACGCCAGAAGCUUCUGAGUUUAUUCUGUCAGUUGAAGCCAAGAGAGAGAAUUGUCCCUAAAUGGCACGAGAAGCCGUAUGUCUGGAAUCUGGUUGACCCGAAGCUGGUCAUGGAGCAGGCCGACCGGGAGAACAGCAAGGGGAAGAGCGCCUCUCUGUACCAGCUCCACAAGCUGGUGGUGCUGAGUGCCUAG